AGCCUGUAUGGACAGUAUUGUAGUUGGGGUAUAAGAUCAAUUGAUCAAAGAAAGGUCACUAUUGUCAGGUCUAUUAUCAUUCUAAUCUACCCAAAUAGGUACAAAUAGGUACCCGUUCUAUGAUACCUGGAACCCAACUUUGGAUCCAGAAUCUUUUUCCUUCCUGGGUCAUUCGCUCGAAAUGACUGUGAAUGGAAAGUACUUCCUGCUUGAUGACUGGUCUUCGCUCUGCAGUGUUUGCCUUGGUCAACCCCACCAGUCUAUUUUUGUUUUCGGCCAAGCCAAGCCACAAAGGGUGGUAGCAUCAAUUGGAUUCAUUCUCUACCAUUCUAUCAUUCUCUGCCUCUGCCUAUCCUAUUGUUGUUAUAGUUACCAAGACUUAGUUGUGAAGGACCUCCCAUGAAGAUACUGCAAAAGACGCAGCCCUUGUGGCUGCUGUUGGUCAUUAGUGCGUAUUUCCCUGACGCCGCAUACGGUCAAUACGAAGCCCUGGCAUCGUUGAUCGGAUCGACGCAAGAAGAGAUUUUGGAAUUGGGUGGAUUGCCCGAUAAGGAUUGUUUCUUCACGUUCAAUGCGACGGCGGAUAACUGCAAUGCUCUCAUUGAAGCGAAUGCGGAUUCGGAAGAAGAAGAAGGUUGCGACUGCCGCAUCUUUUGCCAAGGCAAAACGGUAGCCUGCUACGAUUUUGGCGCCACGCCCGAUUUGUUUUCGUGUCCGUCCGUCUAUGGAGUGGUGGCGGGGUGCCAGGAAAAUCAAACCUUCUCCGAGCCGCUCUUAUCGACCGACAACUCCACCGAUGAACCGUGUCCCGAAGGAUACAUGUGUACGCGAGGACGACAGAAAAAGUGCGAUGAUAUACGGCAAAUUCCACUCCAAUUGGGAUUGGGAGAUGUCCAUGCGGGAAUGUGGUGUCCUGGAAGAGGUGAUCGACGUGAUAAUGGAUAUCAAAUCUGUGAAGCUGGACAUUACUGUCCCAAUUCGACGACCAUGAUACGCUGUCCUGCCGGAUACUUUUGUCCUCACAAGACGGCUUACCCUGACAUUGAAUGCCCUCAUUGCGGUGAAGCGGCUGCAACCUUGGGACGAAAGCCCUAUGGGUACAUCGUCGGCGGCGUUGUUGCAGGUCUCAUCUUACUGCUUGUCAUCUAUGAAAUGUUCAGGCGAUACAAUACCGGUCUCUGGGAUCAUUUGCUGGAAUUGCAAGCUCGGAAUUUCGACAAGGUCAAAGCCACCGUGCAAGCCAAGAGUCGUCAAGAAAAAUUGAAGAAAUUGGAACCCAAACUCAGAGUCAUUGAAAAACGGUUGCAGCAAGAUUCGGGAAGUUAUCGGGCCGAUCCCACGCAAUCCAUUCGUGCCGUGAGCGUUGACAACAAGUCCGGUAGAAUCAAAUUCAAUGCUCGUAAACUAUUCGACAUGAUGGACGUCUCCGGGGAUGGAGAACUCACGUACGAAGAACUGGAACACGCCCUCAACUUGAACCAAGUGCAAAUGCGAGAGUUCAUUCGUCGUAUGAACCAAGAAGCCAGAAAACCACCCGAAACGGAAACCAUUUCACGAGAAAUCUUCAUCAAGCAUUUUCUGAGUGUUCUGGAACAGACGAGCCAUUUCGAACCGACCGCCACCGAAGCUACCGAACUGUUUGACGAGAUUUUGUUAGCCAAGGGAACUCUCGAUGUGGAGGGAAUUGCACAUGAAGACCUGUUUGAUUCUCCAAUUAGUUCCUUCUUGGACGACGCCAAAAUUAAUCAAAUUAUCAAACGAUUCCGCGAGCUCCAAGAGAAGCAGAUGGGUUCGCGCAUGUCGCUGGGAGAGGGCGAUAGUGAUCUCAUGCCCGAUGAAUCAUUCAAGUCAGAUGUCCCUCGAGACAGCGAUGUUUCCAAUCCCUCUGUUUCCCGUCGUCGACGCAGCACUGUUUCCAAACAAGUCAGGCGAGCGUCCAUUGGUGGAGGACGACGAUCAUCCUUCUCGGGUGACAACGCCAUCAACGCGAUCAACCGCUUCAAGUUUAGGCGUCCUUCUAUUCUGACAUUUAUGCAAAAACAUGACGUGAUUACCCGCGAAGAAUUCAUCGCCUGGUACCCUGCACUCUUGACGGAAGUAACCCGUGACGUUCAAAGGCGUGAUUCCUCCGUAGUGUCCAGGAGCGAACUGGGUGUGGAUAUUACCUUUCAAAAUCUUUCAUUGACAGUGACGGUUAAGGGAAAUGAAGUCAAAAUUGUCGACAAUGUCACUGGGAGGCUCAAGGCUGCGAGCAUGACAGCUCUAAUGGGAGGGUCAGGUGCCGGCAAGACUAGUUUGCUUAACGCCCUCUGUGGACGAGCUUUUUAUGGUGAAGUGACUGGUACGGUUAGGAUCAAUGGACACGAAACCACUAUCGAAGAGCAUGCAAGCGCCGUUGGAUUUGUCCCGCAGGAUGAUAUUGUGUAUGCUGAGUUGACGGUGAGAGAAAACUUUAUCUUCAGUGGUCGAUUUCAGCUUCCCAAGGAUACUUCUACUAAGGACAUCGAAGACCUUGCGGAUGCAACCAUGGCCAACCUUGGUCUGUCUCGUGUCAUGCACAGCAUUGUUGGUGAUGUGACGAGAAGAGGAGUUUCUGGAGGUGAAAAGAAGCGCGUGAACAUUGGCUUGGAACUCAUGGCACGCCCAAAAAUCGUGUUCUUGGACGAACCGACUUCCGGGCUUGAUGCCAACUCUGCUUUGCUUGUCAUGGAAUCGCUCAAAACUCUGACUCAAAUCUAUGGAACCACAAUCUGCAGUGUGAUCCACCAGCCGCGAAAGUUCAUCUAUGAAUUAUUCGACAGUCUGAUUCUUUUGGGUGUGGGUGGCAAGAUGGUGUUCCAUGGCCCUACCGAGGAUGCGGAGCCGUACUUUAGAAAGCUGCACUAUGACCUUCCCCCGGGCGAGAGCAUUGCCGACUGGCUCAUUGAUAUCUCGUCAGGUCGAUUGGGACCAUCGAUGCAAUUGAAAGAAAAGGCCAAGAAAGAAGAGAGAGACAGUAGGAGGUACCGACCUUCCACGGAUGCCAUCAUCGAAGAAGAGUCGGAAGCAGAUUCAACGACAUUCAAUGCCAGUGAAGUUGACGUGGACGAUUUCGACAGCAACGGGGAGUUUUUGCUUCCCGAAGAAGGUCCGUCUUCAUCGGCCACAAAUCCCGUGCCGUUUGAGUUCAAACAGUCCGGCCUUUCAAUGGAUUCGACAGCCUUUUCCACAUAUUCGACAAUGCCAGCGCAAGAGGGUAGCCAAGCACUAAUCCUGUCCAUGCGUAGUGCUCUCGACAUGGACAAAUCGAGAACGCUGAACAAGACCGAGGAUAUCUUUGAAGAUCCGGCUGCACAGGCAAAGGCCCGGCGGGAGGUGCUUUACAGCAAAUGGAGGUCUCACUUUUCGCAGCUUGAUGACGACGAGCGAGACACAUAUGAGCCACCAGAGCCCUACGAGCUCCCAGAAAAAACUGAUAAGGCGCCGUUCAUGAUCCAAGUUGGGUAUCAAUUGAGGAGGUUGCUUAUAGUAGCCGGACGAAACUGGCUGACCAAGACCAUUGACACAUUUAUCAUUGUAGGAGCAGCUGUCUUGGUGUCUCUCAUGGAUGGAGUAGAGCAGCCAACCAUGUGGGUGGGGAUGAGCAACUUGAAGUAUGAUUUCACUGCUGAACCAACAUCAGUUGAAGAAGUUGUGUCUGAGUUUCCCAAAUUCUUUCAGUAUGCCAUCUGGGCGAACUUGAACAAUUUGCAUGCAUAUGGCACAAAGCUUGGCGUGCUCAUUGCCGUUCUGGUUGCUUUGACCGCAACGAAGACAAUCACCUCGAAACGGAAAGAGUUUUUCCGUGAAGCAGCUAGUGGAUACAGCACCAAUGCCUACUUCAUUGCGGUCAACGUGAUUGCCACAUUGGAGCAUUCCAUCCAGAUUGCCAUUGCGGCACUCUGUUCGAUUUGGCUUCGAAACUCCCUGUCCCACUGGUAUUCCUGGAUGGUCGCGUUCCUCCUGUGCGGUUGGAUCUCUGUAUCGUGGGCGUUCCUGUUUCCACUUAUUGUUCCUCCCGACAACGUUGUGCUGGUGACAGGAUUCUACAUGGUUCUUUUCGGCCUGCUCUUCUCCGGAGCUCUUGCUCCUGUCUUGUACUCCACGAUCUAUGCCGACACUUUCAUGUCCAUCUUCAGCGGCUUGCUUUCACCAACAAGGUAUUUUAUCGAAGCUCUUUCUGUUUCGGAGUCUCGCGUCUUGCCGGUUCAAUCUGGUUUCACCGAGUUUGGUAUCAACGUGGGCGGAGGAAUGUUCGAGGCCAUGUCCUUUAAAAUCACGGGCCUUGGAUUGAAUGACUUUUACAAUGUCACGCAACGUUCUACUGACGGAUGGUACUGGGGUGCUCUCCCUGCCUUUUUGGUUGGACUGUUGAUCCGAUGGGCUUCAUUAGGAUUUAUUCAUGUGUCAGAUCGCGCAAAGCAGGCCAAGAAGCCCAUGCUUCACACUGUAGCCAAGAAGGGAGCUCUCGCAUGGAUUGCUCUUUUCCUCUACUCAGCCAUCUUGAUUGGGUUGCUGUUUGCCACGGUUUGGACCAUCUUGCGGGAGAAAUCAGCCUACCCAGACCAAGAAUUUUAGAUACAUAACUUUUUAUUGAAAGAUGCAUGUAUGGUGUUUCGGAGCCGGAAACCAGGCUUCACGUUGAAACUUCAGAAAUGGAAGGAGGAGAAAGGUUCAUCAUGAGCAUCUCCUGCACAGAUCUCUCGCACCGCGUAGAUUGCAGCGUUGACAGAUCCAUGUUCUUGUCUGUUUGACUUGACUCGGGCUGUGGGUUUCACGUGCAUUUUGCCAAUGCUUCAUCUAGCUACCGGUACCGCACCAAUACGCCGGCCAACUUGCGUUGUGCAGAGCCA